GAGGAGAAAUAAAAAAAAAAAAACAAUUCCUCCUCCUCCAAACACAUGGCUCUUCUUAUGAGUAAUAACAGCUCUAUGCAGACAGGGAGUGAUGUGGCCCUGCCUAAAGAAAGCUUCUCGAAUGCUCUGACUAAAAACAUAGUGGCUGUGAUGGUGUGGCUGGUCCUCAGCAUCAUCAACAGCAGCAUGGUGCACACCUUUUUACGGCACAGUCUCUUCUACGAGAACUCCCGGUACAUCAUGUUUAUCUGCAUGGUUGUCAACGAUGCUCUGCAGCUCACGCUUGUGACGACCCUGUAUGUGAUCAGCUACAUCUUCAGAAAGAUCAAUGUCUCAGUCUGUUGCCUCCUGGUGAUGACAGCUGUUUUCACCACCCGCUUCACCCCUCUCAUCCUAGCUGGCAUGGCUGUGGAGCGCUUCAUCGCCAUCUGCAUCCCCCUGCGCCACACCAACUUGUGCACAGUGCCCCGCACCCUCCACCUCAUAUGGAUCAUCCUUCUCCUUGCUGCCACCCCUCCAAUCACUGACCUCCUCAUCACCAUCUUCAAGGAGCCUCCGAGUUUCUUCCACAAGGCCAUUUUUUGUGACCAUUCUUUUCUUUUCCGUGAUCCUUCCAUCUAUUACAAGAACAGCGUGUUUGAUGGGUUGUACCUCUCCUUUGUGGCCCUCACGCUGCUAUACACCUACUGCAAGAUCAUGCUGACAGCACAGGCUGCCUCAACCAGCCUGGCAUCCGUGAGGAGAGCCAGGAACACUGUGCUGCUUCACGGAGUGCAGUUGCUGCUGUGCAUGCUCGCCUUCGUGGUUCCUUCCCUCCAGGCUGCUCUGAUCUCCCUUUUCCCCCAGCUGUCCCUGGAGAUCCGCUACAUCUUCUUCUUGCUCGUCUACAUCAUUCCCCGCUUCAUGAGUCCAGUUAUCUAUGGGUUCAGGGACGAGCUUUUCAGGAGGUACUGGAUCCGCUAUCUGUCCUGUCAGAAGAUCAUUCGGGUCCAGCCUAAAGCUUUAAAAGAAACUUGCAGGUGAAAUUAAUGGAAAUUAUGUGGGAAGCAUGACACCCAACAUCUGUAAUGCAUUGGCUCCAAAUGUAAAGAGGGCAUUGUGCUGUGAUUUUUAGAAUUAAUUAUAAAUGGCAUCUGUUUGUUUCAAAUUCCUGACUAUUGUGACUGUUAAAUGAAUUUAUUUGACCAGCGUGUCAAUUCAAAUAUAAGUUGUGCCAAUCACAUGGAAGCAACUCAAUGAAUUUAAGCAUCUAGUCAUGUUGGAAUGAGGAAUGGCAUGAUUUUCUUUCCAGCUGUUCUGGAUAUUUGAAACUGUUAAUUUUAACUAACAAUUAUAUGUUGAUUUUUCAUAGAAUGAUCAAAAAAUGUCCUGUUACAUUUUUUAUUUGCUUCGUGAAUAUCAAAUCACUCUCAUCAAUAAAAUAUAUUCAGAAUACACAAAUACACAGAAUUAAGGCAGAAGAAUACACAGGAGUAAGGCAGAAGGAAAUUGACAGAAAGUCCCAAAAAACAAGUACAAAUGUGUACAGAUGUUGGUAUCACUUAUAAAGGAAAAACUCACUAUGGUCUCAGAAAAAAAAAUGAAUGUGACAAAAGUGAUAGAUAUUAAUUUUAUGAAA